GCUCGCCCUAUGUUCAGAGCGCUCAGGGGACGCUGUUGGGCGAUUCGCAUCUCUACGCAGUCUGCGAAAGCGAAAGCGAUGUGAUCGGACGGCGGUCCUUCGACGGCAUUUCGUCUUCAUUGCUCUAAAACAAAAAAUUAAACAAAAAAUAAGCGAAGUUGUUAUAAUUUCAACCAUUGUAUCAAAGAAACAACAAAGUUACAAAAAUGCAGGGCGGUACAGUCAGCGAUUGUAGCUCGAAAGGACUUAAAAUGGGGACGACCAUCAUCGCCAUCGAAUUUGAGGGUGGAGUGGUGUUAGGGUCAGACUCCAGAGUCUCUGCUGGGGAAUCCGUGGUGAACAAGGUGAUGAACAAGCUCUCCCCCCUCCACGAUAAGAUCUACUGUGCCCUUUCGGGAUCCGCCGCCGAUGCUCAGACCAUCGCGGAGAUCGUCAACUAUCAGCUGGACGUUCACAGUGUGGAGGUAGGAGAGGACCCGCUGGUUCGUUCUGCGGCUACGUUAGUGAGGAACAUCUCCUAUAAGUAUAAGGAGGAGCUGUCUGCCCAUCUCAUCGUCGCAGGCUGGGACAGGCGACAAGGUGGACAGGUGUUUGCGACUCUAAACGGGCUCCUGUCCCGGCAGCCCUUCGCCGUGGGCGGCUCCGGAAGUUUCUACGUCUACGGCUUCGUUGACGCCGAGUACAAGCCGGGCAUGAGCAAGGAGGAGACCCAGCGGUUUGUCAUCAACACUCUCGCCCUAGCCAUGAGCCGAGAUGGGUCAAGUGGGGGUGUGGCUUUCCUCGUUACCAUUGACAGCAAAGGUGUUGAGGAGAAGUGCAUUCUGGGAAAUCAGCUACCAACUUUCCAUGACCCUGAAGCGAGAGAAAAUAAAAAAUAAAAAAAAGAGAGAAACUGUGCACUGGAAUGGUGGCAUCUCAUUUCAAACAGUGAAACUAGGCGUGGAAGUUAAUGAAUGUGAUUUUUUUAAAUGAAUUAAAAUUUUGAAUUCAGUCCCUUUCAUGUCUGUAAAUUUUAGCUUGCCAAUAAAAAACAUAAUUCCACAAUA